AUGAACUAAAAUCAUAUUGCAAAUCAUAGCAAACUAAAGAAUGAAAAAAUACCUUUACCAACAAAUCAAAAUAAAAUUCGAUCUGUGUUCUCUGAUGUAUCUAAUCUUGAGUUUUCUACUAAGAUUAUUUAAGAAAAAAGAAUUUGUAAUAAAAUAGAAGAAUAAUAACAAUACUAAAUGACUAAAAGAAGAAAUGCAAUAAUUCCCUGUAUAUAAAAAUUUCCUGCUUUUUUUAAUUAUACAGAAACCAAGACAAAAACUUAUAAGAUACGUUAAUGUUCUAUAUUAGAGAAAUCGAUGCUCUCCUAUCAUGAAGUUUAUUAUUCUGAAAUUCAAUAAUUUGAAAGGGAUAUUGAAUAAAAAAAACAAGAGGGCUAUUUUGAUAUAAAAUAACAUUGUUUUACAGAGAAAUAGUUAGAAAAAGCUCUAGAUUGGAUGAUUUAUUAAAUUAUUAGAUUUAAAAAUUUUAGCUAUGAAUCCUUAUUUAAAACAAUAGAACUGAUUUAUUUAUAUUUAAGUAAGUCAUAGCAGGUUAAGUUUGAGGAUUUAGAACUAAUAAGCGGGUGCUGCAUUUAUUUAUCAUCAAAAACAGUUGAUUUAAAUCCAAUUUAUAUUGAUGAUUUGAUUAAUGAAGUGUUGGAAUGUAGAUUUGACUAUUAUGAAGUUUUGAGAUAAGAGAAAUUAAUUUGCUAAACCCUGAAUUUCAAUUUGUUUUGCACUUGUUCAUUAUAAAUAGUUUAUCGGAUUAUGCAGGAGAUUAAUUCGGAUAUGGAGUAGCUUUAUGAUUCUGGAAAGAUUGAUAAUUUAAGGAAAUAAAUCUUAGAUAAUUUAUUGUUGAUGGAGUUUGGGAAUAAAUUUCGACAGAUUUCUAAAGGCAAUAGGGCAGUUAGCUGCAUUCUAUUAACAAUGAUGGAAAAUAAGAUAGAUAAAAGAGUUGUAAUUAUUCAAUUAUUAUUUAAUGUGCUAAGCGGUUUUGGAGAGUGUAAAUCAUUUAGAAAUGAACAUAAAUUGGAUAGAGAGGAAUGCAAUUGA